AUGCAGGGCGGUCAAUCCGACAAGCCCAGCUUCUUGAGGCCGGCAUUCGAUGUGACUCCGGCGACUCCGGCACUGCAAGCUGACCGGCACGACCGGCAAAACUUGAUUGUCUCCAGUGAGCCGCCGUCCAUGCCUGCCGCGCCCGCAGACUCCCGACCGCCCAGUGCCUCCGGUGAGCGGUCACGGGCCCUGAGCCAGGGCUUCGUGAAGAUCUCCGAGGUGGAAGCCACCAAGCGGCUCAACGACUCCCUGGAGCAGGAGAACGCCCAGUUGGAAGCCGAGAUUGCUGAGCUCCUGAGGUUUGCCAACUGCCGAUUCAGGCGCAACCUGCAGCUGCGGGACAGCAUUGGCCGCACCCCGGCAGCAGUCCAGCAGUCAGUGCCAUACCCUGCCCCACGAGGGUUCCUCUGA